GCAAGGCUUCGUAACAGUUUCCUCAACCAAACACUCAACUGAUAUUGUGUGAUAAAAACUGGAAGUCCGCCGGUGCAAGAAGGAGCUGUUUGUUGAGAAAUACACUCACCAACCCGGCGACCCUCGUCUUCUGAAACAACCGGAGACUCUGCUGCACUGAAAGUUGGUUCAGUGGCGAAGAAGGCGGCUACAUUCUGCCUGUAAACCCUCCGAAAAGGGCUGGUUUUUAUUUUGCUUUGACUGUCGAAAGGCGGGGGAUACGAAGCGACGUACGGUGAAAAUCCGUAACAUUUUCGACUCACUGAAGAAAACAGAAAACAAAAAACGGAAUUGCUACAGAGCCAGUUCGUGCUGCUGUGACUGGUCAGCGAUAGUACAUGGAUUAUCUGUGUUUUCGGGCACUGUGCUGUAAAGGACCCCCACCGCCAAGACCAGAGUAUGAUGUGGUGUGCAUUGGCCUGACAGGUGCUGGAAAGACCAGCUUGCUCUCACGCCUCUGUAGUGAGAGCACCGAUGGCAUAGUUCCUACAACAGGUUUCAGCAUCAAAGCAGUACCGUUUCCAAAUGCCAUCUUGAAUGUAAAAGAACUUGGAGGAGCUGACAACAUCAAGAAGUAUUGGAGUCGUUACUACCAAGGAUCACAGGGUGUAGUCUUCGUACUGGAUAGCGCAUCAUCAGAUGAGGACCUGGAGGCGGCACGUAAUGAGCUCCACUCGGCUCUGCAGCACCCACAGCUCUGCACACUACCUUUCCUCAUCCUUGCAAAUCAUCAGGACAAGCCUGCUGCAAGAACGCCGAACCAGAUCAAGAAGUACUUUGAGCUGGAACCGCUGGCCCGAGGAAAGCGCUGGAUCCUGGAGGGCAGCACCACUGACAACAUGGAGGCGGUGAAGGAGAGCUUCGGUCAGUUCAUUAGCCUGUUGGAGGACAAAGACACAGAGCCAGCAAGGAUAUGAUGCUAAAGCUGCUAAUGCUAGGAGACAUUAGCGGUUAAACACCACCACAUCCUGCUGGUGCCCAUGUACAUGCGCACACAUGCACUCACACACACACACACACACUCAGACACACACAAGAAAAUACAGCAGUUGUUGGUUUCUCUCUGUGAGAUGUGUAUUAUAUGUUAUCCUCCCUUCACUGCGGUCUCAUUUUUCAAAUUGGAAGAGCGUGCACAAGCGACAGUCAACUACUACAGCCUGACAGAGGAGCGCGACUGUUAAACCCACCCAGCAUAAAGCAGUUUGUCAAAAGAAAUCACUGAACUUUGCCGACAACAGAAAUCUUGUUUACUGCUGUUUGUGCCAUUGUGAUUAAAUCAAUGGCAUUUGGAAGGUAUGGCAUUCCUUUGGUCAUUAUUGAGCACUAACACACACACACACACACACACACACACACACACACACACACACACACACACACACAGUGGAGCCCAGGUUGUCUGUAGAUAUGUUUAACAUCUCCACUAAUUACUUUGCAGGAUGUUUGGGUGGGCAUGGUUGAAGUUCUUUCCACUGAGAAGUACUGUAUGGCCGUCAAGUGUGCUUCUCCUUUUGACUCGGUAACAGCGAAUGCCAUCAUGUGAUUGGAGUGCAUAGUCCAAAGCCUUGUGUUAUGAACGGUAGUUACAUAUCGGUGUGUCACACCGUGUCUGAAUAUCUAAUCUGAAUAGUGUAGUCUGAGUAUCUCAUGGAGUAUCUUAUGUACAUGCAGACAAGUAUAUUGCUGUGUACCCUCCUGUGCAGCCAUACACAAGUACUACUAAUCAUGUGACUAGUGUUAGGUGAGUUUAUGGAGACAUUAGUCUUUCAGAGAAAGUGGAAAUGAGUUUGAAUGCUUUUGUAAAUGUGCAACUUAGGAUAUAUUUUCUAGCUCUGUAUCUUAACCUCUUAGAGCUGCAUUCAGAUUUUUUUAUAUGUCAUACACACACGAGUCACACUUAGGAAUUUUUUCAAAUCAAAGAAGAAAAAAAGAAACAAAAAACAUUGAUUGACCAGGCUGGAUUUCUCCACAAGUAGAGAAAUGUAAUGGACUUGGUUGCUUAACACUAAAAUUGUCACUUUUGAUGAUGUUUUUGUUUUUUUUACAGUAUGUUUUUUUUUCUUUUGAAUUUGAUAUAAUCCCUUUCAGCAUUGGCUUGUGACUGCAGACUCCCAUCGGGGUGAAAUACAAACUAUCAAUCAGUCACAGCAACAGCUGCAUCUGACAAGUCGCUGUCCGACACACUAAUGCCUUCCAACUGUCUGAAGACCCCUCCCCGUCUGCUGUUUAUCACGUAUCUCUGCCCCACUUCAUCCAAACCAACACUACCCCUCCACUCCAGCGCCGCUCCCUGUUUCCAUUACUGCUCGAUGGGGCUUCUUUGGCCUAGAUGAGCCAGUUCAGUGCGGCUGUCCUCAGGUGGACUCCACACCUCUUAAAAUGAGUCAUGUUCAUUGUGCCACAGGUGUGUGGUUGUCCCGAAGAUGUGCUUAUGAAUAAUGUUCACACCUCCUCCUUCCUGCGUACUCUGUAUUGUUUGUUGUUAUUUUGAUCAGUAUUUUUGUCAGGUUUGUAGAGAAUUAACCACUUUUUGUACCUGAUGUGAGAAUGAUGCAUUUGUUCGCUUGAAAGCAAAAUAAAUCUGUUGACUAGG